AUUUAUUUUAUUGGUUUGAUAGAAGCUCAAAGCGCAAAGGUAAACUGUCUGAAUACUUUGAAUUUUGUGACCAGGAGUACCAACUUUAAGUGAGAAAUUUUUGAUGCGACCAGUAAAUCUACUGUACCCACCAAAUUGAUAUUUGUAAAUAGCCCGAACAACAUAGUUAUAUUUUCUUUAUAAUUACCAAAACCUUACUCAACAAAUAGCCUAAAGCAUAAAAGCCUAAAUCUCUAAAUUUUGAUUACCAUGAAACAAAAAUUUAAACUUGCUGUAAGAAGUAAAGCAACAUUCAAGCAAAACCAGUAUUAUAUAUACUUAAUGAUUAGUAGUAUUCUUUCAGAUCAAUUGAUCAAUUUUAUCUAAAUCUUCAUCAAAUACUUCUACUGCAAUUUUGCAAUGUGUUCUUGCUUCACAGCAGUUUUGUCAUAGGAAUUUAUGAUAAUGAGUCAAGGACGUUAACAAAUAACAGGGGGAGUUUAGCAUAAACUCCUUUUUUAUAAGAAGCGUUAAGAAUUUUUAGUACUGAAAGUUUCUUAAUCUUUUAUUGAAUUAACUACUCGUAGUUUCUUAAAAAACUCCCACUCUAAAAUUUUCUGAUCAAUGCGGGUAUUAUUAUUCCAAACUGUAAAGUUUCAAGUUUCUUAUCCGGAAAUUCACCUUGCCUGUUCGUAAAUUGAUUCAACUCCCAUCAAAAAGAAAGCAAACGAGGCAAUUGUGCAAUUUGGAUCCAGUGGAGACGGGAUUCACAAUAGAAAACGAUUAAUGGAUGAGUCAGAUUCAGCCUGUGAAUUUUGAUGUUUAGAAUUUUUACAUUUGAAAUAAAAAAACUUCUUAAAAUAUAAAAUUCAUAAGUUUGGACUUAAGAAAAAAAUUCCAAGUCAACCGUUAAGUUUUCCAACUGUAACUGGAUUUUCCAAACUUUGGGGGGGGACGUUACGCCCCCACGCCCCCCUAUUAUUUACGUGCCUGAUCCAGCUGUUCACAAAAUUUAAUAAAUUACUACAAAGAGAAGAACCAACCAUCCAUAUCUUGCAAGAUGCAGUUAAAAAUUUAGGCAAAAAGUUAGCAUAUUGUUUCUUAAAUUUUUUCGAAUAUUUUUUUUUAUAAUGUUCCUAAUUGCCAUUUUCAAAUGACACAUAAGAGCAAAAUUCAACCUCAAUUUCCUAAUCAAAAAGAUAUAUCCGUACUAAUAGAAGCUACUGUAUUAAGAUUGAACUGAAUUUUUUGAAACAUUUCUGUCGUCUAGAUGAUGAGUAUUAGAAAGUUAUAUAAACAUCUUGCCUUGGAAAUUUAGCUUUGUGUUUGAUUGUUUCGUUGUGCAAGAAUACUUCAUUCAUUAGGAACUGUCAUAAUUUCUGUUGUUUGUCUCUUUGUAAGGAGUAAGUGUGAUGUGGCAGAGAAUUAAAUAGGCCAAUGGUAGGACACUCUUGAAUAAGUACAAAUUCUGAAACUAACAAUCGCUAGUUCUCUCCCCCCCAUCUCUCAAAUUCGCUCCAAACCUACUUUGCUAGUUUUUUCAUUGAUAAAUCUCACUGGAGGAUUAUUCCAGUUACCACAAAAAAAAGCUCACUAUUUCAGUAAAAUUUUCAUGAUUUUUUUCUCUUUAAAACUCGAUGCAAUCCCCUCUACCUAGAAUUAUAUUCAUGAAUACUCAUUCUUGAUAAGCAAUGCUAAGGCGUUGCAGGAAAACGGAAAAAUUUGAUACCGGCGAGAUUGGGGCAUUUUCAAUGAAGAAGUUUCGAGCCAUACUUACGUAUGCUGCAAAUGGAAAGUUUUCCUUUUUAGUGGAUUUAUCAAACCGAUAAAGAAUGAGCCAGUGGCAGUCUGAUUUUGCAAGUUACAAGACAGCACGCUUUCUUCAAGGCAAAAACAACAUGAAGUUCUAUUCCAUUUUCUACGUGCAUCUAUUUGCAAUUUUUUUGCAUAAAGCAAAUGGAGUGUGCUAUAGUUCUACUAAAUAUGCGACAACAUCCCUACAAACACUCUCGAGGACAUAUUAUUCGAAUAACGAACUCUGUACCACUUAUAUUCGACCAUCGAGUUCGUACCCAUCCUCAAGUUACUAUUUAGAGAUCAAAUGGACUCGUCUUAGCGUUCAAGGGAGUCUACCUAGCUGCACUGAUUAUGUCGAAGUUUUCCUCACAAGACUUUAUAAAAGCAUUGGGAGAUACUGCUCUGACAACAUGAUUGACACAAAGCCAUUCAAUAUGUAUUCCUACGAUGGAUAUGCAAACAUUGUGUUCAGAUCAGAUAGCUCCAUAACACGAACCGGUUUUUCAUUGACAUACCAGUUGAAAAGCAAGUCAUCAUCACGGAUGGGCGGCUCAGCAACAUCAAGUUGCUACUACAGCGAUAGUUCUGCAGCAGCAACCUUCUACUCUUCUGGUUGGCCCUACAGUUACUAUGCGAGCAGCACCCCGUGUUGGAGGCGCUAUUACGCCGGUAAUAAUCCGGUACGGGUUGCUGUGAUGGACGUUUCAUUAUACAGAACAUCGUCUGUCUACUGUUACACAACUGAUUCCUAUUUUGAAGUGAAAGCAUCAUCUACUGUCUACACAACGUCAUCAAGCAUAACAUCUUACGCAACUACUGUAAGUGGGAGGAUCUGUGGAAUCAAAACUCCAACGGUGUAUACUGCGAAAAACAAAUACGUUUAUCUAUUAUUGAAUAGGCCCCACACUUUUUCUGGAUAUCGUGGUGUCAUUGUCGGCUACAUGGCCUAUGAUAUCAAUGAAUGUACUACAAGAACCCAUAGAUGCAGUUCUAAUGCCAUAUGCACAAAUACUGUUGGUUCAUACAAGUGCACAUGCAAAAGCGGUUAUACGGGAACAGGAACAAGUUGCGCAGAUCUGAAUGAAUGUAGAAGAGGAACCCACAGAUGUAGUUCCAAUGCUUUAUGCACCAAUACUAUCGGCUCAUACAGAUGUUACUGCAAAAGUGGAUACAUUGGGACGGGAUUUAGUUGCUUAGAUGUAAAUGAGUGUACCAAAGGAACACACAGAUGUAGUUCUAAUGCUUUAUGCUCGAAUACGGCUGGCUCUUAUAGGUGUUUCUGCAAAAGCGGCUACACAGGAAGUGGAACCAGCUGCUCAGUUUUGAAUGAAUGCACUCAAGGAACUCAUAGAUGCAGUUCUAAUGCUAUAUGCAUAAAAACGACCACAUCAUACAGGUGCAGUUGCAAGAGUGGAUACACGGGGACGGGGAUAAGUUGUGCAGAUCUGAAUGAAUGUACAAGAGGAACCCACAGAUGUAGUUCCAAUGCUUUAUGCACCAAUACUAUCGGGGCGGAUUAUGAGAGAGGAGUACUUGUUUUGAAUGAAUGCACUCAAGGAACGCAUAGAUGCAGUUCUAAUGCUAUAUGCAUAAAAACGACCACAUCAUACAGGUGCAGUUGCAAGAGUGGAUACACGGGGACGGGGAUAAGUUGUGCAGAUCUGAAUGAAUGUACAAGAGGAACCCACAGAUGUAGUUCCAAUGCUUUAUGCACCAAUACUAUCGGCUCAUACAGAUGUUACUGCAAAAGUGGAUACAUUGGGACGGGAUUUAGUUGCUUAGAUGUAAAUGAGUGUACCAAAGGAACACACAGAUGUAGUUCUAAUGCUUUAUGCUCGAAUACGGCUGGCUCUUAUAGGUGUUUCUGCAAAAGCGGCUACACAGGAAGUGGAACCAGCUGCUCAGUUUUGAAUGAAUGCACUCAAGGAACUCAUAGAUGCAGUUCUAAUGCUAUAUGCAUAAAAACGACCACAUCAUACAGGUGCAGUUGCAAGAGUGGAUACACGGGGACGGGGAUAAGUUGUGCAGAUGUGAAUGAAUGUACAAAAAGAACCCAUGGUUGUAAUUCUAAUGCAUUAUGUACAAAUACGGCUGGUUCAUACCGAUGCACCUGCAAUAGCGGGUAUACGGGCAGUGGAACUACCUGCAGUAUCGUCGAUGCUAAUGAAUGUUCUCAAGGGACUCAUAGAUGCAGUGCCAAUGCUUUAUGCAUAAAUACAGUUGGUUCAUACAGGUGCGCAUGCAAAAGUGGCUAUAAAGGAACUGGAAGUAGUUGCGAAGCAGCGGAUGAUGUUGCCUCAUCUAAGACUGUUGCCUCGAAAGAUUCUUCUUCUUCGACUGACCUUGGAAAAGCAAUUGGUGGAUCGAUGGCAGGUUUAGUUCUCGUCCUUGGUAUUAUUGCUGAGUUAGUUCAUUUACGUCGUAAAGGGUCCCGUAAUUCUGAGCAGAACCAGGCUUCUCUGAGAACGCAGGGAGAUGAGCCUGGAGCACGUUACAACGCAGCCAGCAAUAAUCAUGAUGAUGGCCAGGUGGAAAUACAGUCAGACCCGUCUAAUAGUGUCAAAUACAAAACAAAAUGUGACAGUCCUGCUCGUCAACAAAAAGUAUAAACGUCUUGAUCAUCAGGAGUACGUAUAGACAUAGCACAAUAUCGUAGAAAUAUUUUUACCGUUGUUUAAUGAUGCCGAGAAGCUGUUCAAGGAUGCUCAAUAGUCAACUAGCUAUCAGAUGUACCACUACAUAGUAUAAAACUGGUAAAGCAGCGUUCACAUCUUACGCAUGCAAUUCACUUAUUCUAUAAAAGGGUUUUUAUCUUCUCAAAAUUAUAUAUCGUGUCGCAAUAAGUAUUGAAUCAAAAUAUUUGCCGUUCAUUAUGGAGAAAAGCUCUACAAUUAUAGGCGGUAUAGAAAAUGUGAAAUUCAAUUUGUGAUGUUUUUCUCAAUUAGCGCUCUCGACAAAAGCAGGUGCUAACUUUCUUGUUUUUACC